UCCUCCCUCUCCUUUUUUGUGAGAGGCCAAAGCUGUAAAUGGCCGUAAGGCCUUUGAAUUUCACGACAAUCUCUCUUCACCACCGCCACCGCCACCGCCACCGUCUCCGCCUCUCUCUCUUCUGCUCCCCUUCACCAAUCUCCUCCUCUCUUGCUUCUACCCUUUCAUUCCUCCGCGGAAUCGCCUCCAAAACAUCAUACUCCGCCGUUUCUCAACAGCAACAGCAGCAACAAAAGCUGAGGAAAGAGCUUUUGUUGAAGGAGCUGAAAGAAACCGAAACUCUGGCGCAAAAGAUCGGGAAAGCCAUUAGGCGCCCUGGCGUUCCUUCUAAGUCUAGGGUUUACGCCGAUGUCAACGUUAUUCGUCCUAAAGAGUACUGGGAUUACGAGUCCCUAACUAUCCAAUGGGGUAGGGAACAAGAUGAUUACGAGGUGGUUAGGAAAGUUGGAAGAGGGAAAUACAGCGAGGUUUUCGAAGGCGUUCAUUGUACUGAUAAUGAGAAAUGUAUUUUCAAGAUUCUCAAACCUGUAAAGAAGAAGAAGAUUAAGAGGGAGAUUAAAAUACUACAGAAUCUUUGUGGAGGGCCAAAUAUUGUAAAGUUGCUUGAUAUAGUUAGGGAUCAGCAAUCGAAGACUCCGAGUCUUAUAUUUGAAUACGUGAAUAAUACGGAUUUUAAAGUGCUUUAUCCGACACUGUCAGAUUAUGAUGUUCGAUAUUAUAUCUAUGAACUUCUCAAGGCAUUGGAUUAUUGCCACUCACAAGGUAUAAUGCACCGAGAUGUGAAGCCCCAUAAUGUGAUGAUUGAUCACGAACAGCGAAAACUUCGUCUUAUUGAUUGGGGCCUUGCCGAGUUCUAUCAUCCAGGGAAAGAAUACAAUGUUCGUGUUGCUUCAAGAUAUUUUAAAGGUCCUGAGCUUCUUGUUGAUUUGCAAGACUAUGAUUAUUCUUUAGACUUAUGGAGCCUUGGUUGUAUGUUUGCUGGAAUGGUGAGUAUUACCUUUGAAUUAUUUCACCUUUUUAAGGUGCAAGUACACUUCUUCAGAGACCCGGCCAUGCCUUUUGAAAGGCCAGAGCAUGCGCUUAAUUUUGGUCAUUUGUGGAGCUUUGGUUAUAUGUUUUUCUCCAUGUUUUUUAUGGGGGUAUUUUUCUCUCUUGAGAUCCUUAUUUUUGAGGGUUGUGCUAUACAGAUAUUCCGGAAGGAGCCAUUCUUCUAUGGGCAUGAUAAUUAUGAUCAACUAAUCAAGAUAGCCAAGGUUCUUGGGACAGAUGAAUUAAAUGCUUAUCUGAAUAAGUACGGUAUCGAAUUGGAUCCCCAACUUGCAUUUAUUGUUGGGAGGCAUAGUCGCAAACCUUGGACAAAGUUCAUUAAUGCUGAGAAUCAACAUCUGGCAUUACCUGAGGCCAUCGACUUUCUCGAUAAGUUGCUUCGAUAUGAUCAUCUGGAAAGGCUAACUGCAAAAGAAGCAAUGGCCCAUCCUUAUUUUUACCCGAUUAGAAAUGCGGAAAGCAGCAGAAUUCGUACCUAACAUGCCAAAUUCACAACAAUGAUGAUGUCAAGACAUAGCAUCUUCUUUCUUCAUAUGCAUGGUUAGAUCCUCUUCCCUUUGUAGAAUGACAGAAGAUGAAAGAAGUCUUUUUUUCUUUAUCUUUUUUAUCUUUGUGAUUUUCUCGUCUCCCCCAAGGGAAAUGUUUAUGUUUCAUUUUGAAUUAUAUCAUAUUUGUGUGUGUUUUUGAAGAUGAAGAACAAUACUGACUUACAUCUCUGAUAAUAUUAUUUUUGCUUUAAUA